AUGGACUACAACCACAGUAGAGUAAUGUCAUCAUCAAGAAAUGACGGUUAUGCUUCUACAACGUCUACUUACAACACAGCUUCUGUUUAUUCAAAUGCUACGGAUUCUACUUUUAAUAAUGGCACAGAGCCUAACUUUAACCUUGGUACCGAUUCAACAUUUAAUAAUGGUGCUACUCCUAACUUCAAUAAUGGCACGCAACCUAUGUUUAAUAAUGGCACACAAUCUGGAUUUCAAACUUCAAACCCAACCUACAAUAAUGAGGCUUAUGCUGCCUUCAACGGUGGAGUAUAUCCUAGAUACGACGAUGAGCUAGAUAUCAACACUGCGUUGAACUCUUCCUUUGAUGACAAUCCUACUUUCACCUAUGGUAAUGGGGCAUAUCAUGCUUAUAAUGGAGCGUUGAAUCCUGAUGUAGCUGACAAUUCAAACUUUGAUCCUAAUCAAGACUCCAGGCUUAAUAGAGCUUUGAAUUGUGGCUUUGAUGGUACUUCUAAGUCUGCUUUUAAUGGGACAUCAAUUUCUGGUUUGAAUGACAAUUCUAGUCUUAAUGGUACUUCAAGUUCCGCCUUCAUUAACCAGCCAAAAUCACCUUACCUUAAAAACCCUAAAUCUCCACUGAUUGGCCAUAGAAGUGAACCGUCUUUUCAACAUCACAUCAACGACCUUUCCUACAACUUUGAUCCCAACAAUCUACCCUCAACUAAACAAAAAUCAGAUCAAACUUCCACCAAGCCAGAAUCAACCUUUAAAAAGUUAAGCUCUCCAUUCACGACGAAAAAAUCAGAAUCCGCAUUCAAUCACGCCAAGAUCGACUCACCGUCCAACAACUUUGGCCGACGAUGGGGCUCGUCACGGUCGACUCCAGGCCGUGUGAAGCGGCUGAUCCGUCACCGAAACAAUGGGGACACGUCCCUGCUCGACAUUUACGGCCUCAUUCCACGUGGGUAUUGUUUAAACGAGCGUUUUUUCUCCUAUCGCAUUCAAAUUCCCUUGGGUUUUUCGAAGGGCUUUAUUCGAAAUUUUAAUUUUUUCUUGACCUGUUAAUUUAAAUAACUUUCAAAAAUUUUUAUAAAAAUUUAAAUUUUAUUUUUUGGCUUAGAUAUGAAAAACGUGUCGGACUUGAACAAAAUUUUGAUCGGGCCAGGAUUGAAAGUUGGGCCCGGUCCAGCUUGUUCCUUAUGUCUAUUAGUGUCAGGGAAGGGUAUACGAUGAAAGGUGUCUUUAAAGAGGUAGAUAUUGUUAUUUUUUAAAAUUUAGUGUAGUUUUUGAAUAAAUUUAUGGAUUGAUAAGGUAAAGAUGGUAGGGUAGAAUAAGGUUUUAGAUAAGAUAGGGCUAUAGCUAACGUUAGAUACAGUAAAAUUUAACUAAACUGAGCUUGAAGUAAUUUUAAGCAGAACAUGUUAGGGUAGGGUAGGGCUAGUUUUCUAUUUGGCUUGAUAUUAAUCUUUAUUUGUACCAUAUUCUUUCUAUUAGAGUGUUCAAAUAGUUCUGUGCCAUCUAACCCCAAAAAUUUGUUUCAGCUAGGAGCACAGAUUUAUUUGAACAACCUAAUAUAUCAAAUUCAAACUCCACCAGAAAGGGUUUUUAUGAGAGGAGAAUGGUGUUAAGUUGGGAGAGUUAUAGAGGAAAUAGUAAUAGUUAUGUUAAUAGUAAACCCGUGUGCUUUGGCUUUUGGAUUUGAGCUUUUUUAUGGGUUUGUAAAGUGAGGUUUCAAAACGAAUGCUAGGGGGUAUUAAAGUUCUGGUUUCGUUUUAAAUUUUUGGAGCUUUAAAUUAGAAAAUUAAUUUGAAUUUUUUUUAAAACUUUUGGUUUUAAAAGCUGAGAAAGAUGGGCGUGGUGAUUUUUUCAAAUUUUUUUUUUGGUUUUUUUAAAUUUUAAGAAACCAAAUUAAUAUAAAAUAUUGUUGUAGGUAAAAUACGAUGCUUUUUGAUCAUAUUGCUUAUGAUACAAAAGCCAUUUAUAGUACCUUAACUUAAAAUACACUCCUUGCCAUAAUUAGUAAUGAAAAGAGUGUAUUUGAACUUAAUAAUGCCGAUAUUAACCUAGCCAAAAACCGGUAAAAGUUGCAUACCGUGAGAACUCGAGGGCACGAGAAACAAUCUGACAAACCAUUAGGAAGGUUAUUAUAAGUAGUUCUGGCCUAAAAAAGUGCUUCUGUCUUUAUUUUUUUGGGGUUUUGGAUGUUUUGUGGGGUUUUUUGUAGUGGCUGUUUUUAAAAUCAAAAUUUUUUAUGUCAAAAAUUUUAAAGAUAAUGAAAAUUAAUUUUUCAGCAAAACUUUCGUAUUUUUUGAACUUAAAUUUUUUUUAUUUUUCAGGGUUUAAAGGCUAAAGAAAAGAGUUUUUAAAUCUUGCAGGCUGCGCUAACAAUGUUAUACGAUGGAAGGUGACUUGAGACUUUUUAAUAUUUUAAUUUUUAAAAAAUAUAUAUUUAAAAUUAAGCUUAUUAGCAGUGCUGGGAGGGUAAUUAUAGUCUUAAUGACAGAAAAAGGAGUGGGGGGGGGGAGGCAAAUUUUCAAAAUUUUUUAAAAACUAAAUUUAAAUUAAAGGAAAUUUUUUUAGUUACCUAGUCCUCUUAGCCAGGCUUAAAACUAAAACCCUCAGUUUUUAGACUCCGACUCCCAUGUUAUGCGAGAGUUGUUGGUGCGCCAAGACAAUGGGCUCGAAAUGGCAUUCGAGCGCUGUAAGGCCUGGUCCAAAUACGCUAGCCACCUCCUCCAGUUUGUUCGCUCUCGACUAGUCAUGGAACAUGAACAUGCGCGAAACGUGGCCAAAUUGGCUGAACAAACAAAGAAUUUGCUGUAUGCUGACGCCAACAACAAUCCUUUACCAUUGGUGGGGGUUUUCGACGAAUUGAUGGAGAGUCAGGUCGAUAUGACAACAAGGACUGAGCAUUUGGUCAACCUUCUCAAUCAACGUUUUAUUGCUGUAGGGGUUUUUAAAAUCGGAGAAUUUCACUUUUAAUUUUGAUUUUUCUUAAUUUUAAAAUUUUCAAAAAAAAAUUUUUUUAAAAUUUUUUUUGAAUUUUAAAAAUUUUUUGUUAAAUGAAAAAAUUACUGUAAAAGCCAGGAAAGAUGUAGUUUAAUAAUAUUGUCAUCGUUUAGACCCUCGAAAACCGUCAAAAGGAUCAUGACCACAAGCGGCGCAAACUUAAAAAUGAAUGGACAAAACAGAAAAAGCAAUUGGUAAGUUAAAAAAGCUGAAAAACUGUAAUUGUGUUCUAAAAAUAAACAAAAGGGAAUAAAUAACAAUGUCAGCUGGGAAAAUUUACUAUUUUUUUUCAUUUUUGCUCAGAGGUUAAAAUUAAAAUUUUUUUAAAAAAAUUAGAAUUUUUUAAAUUUGAAACAAAAAAAAUUUUUAUUUUUAUGUAUAUUUUUAUUUUUAACCUAAAAAUAUAAUUUACAACUCUUUUUAAGCUAAAACACCUAAAAAAAACCGAACUGCAGGCUGCGAGGACUAUUUUAUACGAUGAAAAAUGUCCGAACCAAAAUUUGUUUUUUUUUCUAAAUUUAUCUUUUAAAACCUCAUUCUGUGCACAAUUCAUCACAAAGAAAGUUUUAUUUUGUAUAUUUUUUUAAAAUUAUUUUAAAUUUUUAAAAUUAUUGUUAAAACUGCUAACGCUACUACAAGGUGGGGUUGUUUCAACCCUAACCUACAACAAUAUACUUAUUUCUCAAAUUUCAGGAGCAAUGUGAAGAAGAACUUCGACGAGCCCGUCAGAACCUGAACAUGAAAGAAGGUGGCUAUAUGAAGGCGCGUGACCAUAUGAUACGCCAAGUUCAAUCCGUACCAUCUCGACCGGUCGUGGACGCGAAUCGCCAAAAGAAGGAAAUCGAAAAACGCCGGCGAAACGAGGAAACGGCCCUAAAUCGAGUAAGAUUUAUCUUUUGCGACACUUUUAUGGGCCGAAAUUACUCUAUAAUGACAGAUGUUGGAUUAAUGCGGCUUAGUGGCAGUUUAUAUAAUCAUUGGCAAUAAGCGGGGCCGAAUGAUAAGAGUGCUUGGGGCUUUUAGGGGGUUUUAAAUUUUAAAAAAAUCAUUUUUAUACAUUUUUUGAUAAUAUUUGAAAGGGAGAAGAAAAAGCAAAGGUAGCAAUGUUAGUAGAGGCAUGAAACUUUUUUAAAAAAGUCAAGGAUUUAGGCCGAGUAGGCCUAGAGUAAGCUACUACCAUAUUACAUAUUAUCUAUUUCUAGCUGGUUGAUACCAUAUCUGGGAGCAAAGUAAGGUAGAGAAAGGUAGAGCAAUGCUAGGGAACGUGCUAGGACAGAGCUACGACUAGGCUCAUGUAUUGGCUUGACUAGGGCUAGGGCGAGAACUAAGACUAGGACAAGGCUAGUUUAUGGGAUAUGACUAAGGCUAUCAUUGGAGCUAUGGCUCUGGGCUAGGUGAAGGCUAGUUCAUAGGCUAUGGCACGGACAGCCUAAGACUAGGUUUGGGGCUCUGGGCUAGGGUUCUAGGCUAGGGCUCUGGGCUAGGGCUAAAGCUAGGGUUAGAUGUAGAUCUAGAGCUAAGGAGUGAUAGAUGUAGAUAGGGCAGGAUCAAAAUGUUUAUAUUUAUUAAGAUACUACAGCAUAUUCUCCUUCAAUCUUUGUCUUCUCUCAGUACACAAAGACCACACGAUUCCGAAUAUUAUGUUUCAUUAUUUACUACACAUAAACAUCUUGAGUCCCUUUCUAUUUUAUUAAUAAAGCCCUCUUAAAAUUCUUUCCUUUUUUCAGAAGACCGAGGCCGAAAACGAGGUCUGGAAGCUGGAGAGGGAGUUGGACGAGCGGCGGCGAGCAGUUCAAGAGUUGCGGGUAAGUACCAAUCAUUCUUAUAUCAUCUUCGAGUGGCCCUAAUCCCUUGAGCUAAUAUAAUAUCCCUUCCACUUUCGCGAUACCGAUGCUAUGUGCUGGCUGGCUUGUAUUUGUUUAUGGCCAGACACGUGCCCAUAAAGCCGUGGUAAUGACAUUCGUUUUUCGCCUCCCGACCUUUAUGGGGACUUGGAGGGCACGUUGGCUCCGGUUUUUUGAGGGGGUUGGGCGGAUGUUAUGGAAUUAGGAGGAGUUGGGGGAAGUUAUGGAUUUAGAAGGUGUUGGGUUCGUUGUUAUGGAAAUAGGGGGUGUUAGAGGGAGGGGGACAUAUUAUGGGACAAGGAGUUGAGUGAGGAGCGUGGAGGGUAGUGGGGAUGCUAUGGAAUUAGGAAAAGUUGGAUGGGGUGGAGGAAAAGCGUGUGUUAUUUAUUAAGGGGAUGUUGGGCAAGGAAUUCAGGAAUCUUAAAAAGGGGUGGUGGGCGGUAAUCUUAAGUAGGUAAUUUUUAAAAAUGUAAGGAUUGAGGCAGGGCAAAUGUUUUAAAAAAAAAUUUUAAAGAGGGCAAAUUUUUUAGUUUUUUUAUAAACUAAGGCUAGGAGGAGGGGAAGGGGAGGAGGAUUAAAAAAAUGUUUAAAAAUGAAGUAUUUUUAAAAGGGUAGAUAUACAAAAAUAUUUUUUUGGCUCAAAAGUGAGCGUCUUAUAACAAAGGUCUUAUAUUGGACCGGAAUUUUUGUUGCCCGACCCUAGGCCUACCCUAAAGGUGUGGCAAAAAAAUAAAAAACUAUUUAAAGGUUGGAUAUUUAGGCUUAUAAUUGGGAUUCUAGCCCUAGUCUUUGUCUUGAAUUUAGCCUUAGAGGUUUUCUACGUUUGUCUGCCUUAUUCUGUUGUUCCAUGCUUCCACCUGCUAUAGCUAGGCUUACAGAAGAAAAAUAAAAGUUUACGUUUGGGAAGGCAAUUUUAAGGACAUUUGAAAUCUAUUUUUUUCCAAGUUUUUUAAUUUUAUCUUGUUUUCAUAAUUUUAAAAAACCUUAAAUUUUUUUUGCAUUUUUACUUUUCACUCCUACCCUUCUCUACUCCACUUAACUCGCUCUUUUUGACAUAGUAACAACUAUUUCACGCACUUUAUUUACAAGUGAACAAUAUGUGAAAAACAUAAAAUUGUAGCUGUUUUUUGUUGUGAAUGGCCUUUUUCUAUGCAUGUAUAUAAGAAUAGGGUUCGGUGCCGUUAAAUAAACUGGCGUGAGAACUGGUCGUUGAGUUUAUUAUACCCAAUUGAGGGUUAUUCAAAGAAGGUAUACAACAUUGGGAGGCUAUUUUAGAUAGUACUGUAGAUUUUCGAGGCUUUUUUAGGUGGUGCUGUAGGUCUUGGAGGUUGUUUUAGAUGGUACUGUAAGGAUUGGAGGCUGUUUUUUAUGUUCAAAUAAUUCUGAGCCCCUCACAAAGAAAGUUUUGGAGGUUAGGGGCACAGAAUUAUUUGAACAAUCUAACACAGUGUUUGAGAGGUGUAUUACUUUGUUGUACAUGGUCUAGAGCUUUUUAGGCCUUGAAAGAAGGGUAGGAUAAGUUACAUUAUGCUGAGAUACGGUAGGGUAUUGUAAGUUCGAAGUAAAAUAAUAUUGUACUUGCAACUUCAAAAAUCCGUCUAUACAGCGCACGCUUAAGCCCCAGGCUUUUAUACUGUGCCCGCAAUAAUCACGUAGCUACGCGCUCGCUGCCUUUAUAUCCAGGCAGCGAGCACGUAGCCGCCUAAUACGGAGGGGCCUUCGUUUAUACCCCCUAUCAUAACGUAAAAUAUUCUCGCGGGAAUGCACUUUUGGGGUUGUAUUGCUUAUUUCAUGCACUGUUUCACACCAAUCGGACCAAGGCCUUUAAUUGCGUGUAGAUGGCUAAUUUGUGGCCUCAAACCGUUGUUAUCCCGGCCGUUUCGCACUCGUCCGCCUCCCUUUACUUUUUUUGGGUUUUUCUUAUUUAAACCUAGUCUUAUCUUUUUUCUAACCCUACCCUACGUACUCUACCUGCCUUACUCUGCCCGUUUACUUCCCCACUUUAUGCUUACUACACCCCCCCCUCCACAUUCUUACAAAAUUUUAUCACCCCCCCCAUUUUUUUACCCUACUUUCAUUUACCCCGCCCAACCCCCACCCUCUCUCAUCCCCUUCUACUAUUUUUAGCAUUACCCCCUUUUCCUGCCACUUUUGUCCUCCUCCUUUGGCGUGUCAUCGUGCGAAGGAACGGCGCACGAUGACCGAAACGUUGUCAGAAACCUCGCCGGUUGCCCCCAACUUUGCGUGGCGUUUUAUAACAAGCCAUUUAAUUAUUCAUGUAUUUCGUAGGGGGGUUUAAAAGAAAUUGGAACCAAAACAAACAAAGGGUUUAUCUUCUUCAUGAUUUCGGGGCCAAUUGCUUCAUUUUCAAUUUUUUAAAUUUUUUACUUAAAAAAAUUUUGUUUUGUGAGAGGGGGGAGGGUGAUUUUUUGAUAGAGAAAACAGUCUUUUUUGCCCGCGGAAAAAAGGAAAAAAAAGUUUUUUGAAUACAAUUUUUUUUUGAAAAUUUUUGAGGUGUGGGAGGGUCUGAGUUCAGCUUUUUUCAAAAAAAUUUUUUUUGAGCGGUAUGGUCUAUAAAGACUAUAGAGAAAGUACCCAACCCGCCCCGCUCAGAAUCAGCUCUAAAUUUUAUAUGAGUUCUUUGUGCCUUCAAUAGUACCUAUAAAAAAUUUUAGCUUGCACUUUUGAGUUUUAUAAUUUAAAUCUUAAACUUUCCCGCCAAUUUGCAAAUUUGGCAUUGUGUUUCGAUCGCUUUUUGCGACCUUCCAGACAAGAUACGCUUACAAAUUUAAAAUUAUAAGUUAUUUAAAGCUUUUUUACUUGUUUAUCAAAGAAAAAUCAAAAAAUUGGAAAGUUAUAAGCUUGAAACACAAUGCCAAUUUGACGGGAGCUUAUCUUUUUGAUUUCGCUUUUAUCGAGAUUGAUUAGAAAGCGCGAUUUAGUACUUUACUGAAGGUCUUGUAUUUACAUCAUCUUUCUAUUUAAAAAGUUUGAACUAAAUCAGAGCAGGACAGGUUUGGCAAUUUUCUUGUUAAUGUUGAAGCUGUUACAGUUGUUCUCAAAAUAUUUUUAAAAAUGUUACCCAAGACGUUUUUCUCAAUUUUUCUUAUAUUUUUUUCAAAAAAUUCCAAAAACCAUACCUAAACUCUUGCACCAACAAAUUAGCCACCGUGUGUGUGUGUGUGUGUUUGAAGCUGAUAUUUAUUCCAUCGGGGAUAUUCAUUGAGGGAAAGGAACGACGGGCCUGAAGGGCGAAACGUCAUGUCAUCAUGGAAAGAUAAUUUGGCCACAUAUGGCGCAGUUAAAUUUGACAGCAUGACUGCGCGCCGCCCGGUCUUUGACUUUGGUCCCCCACGUUUCUCCUCCUCUUCUGAUGCCCUUCAUCUUUCGCGGUGUUGAUGAUUUUGUCUUCAGGGGGCCGCGCCGAAAAAUAUUCUAGUGUAUGGCAUCGGGCAGAGGGGUUUUAUACGUUUAAUUAGAAUUUUUUUUUGAUUUUAUUGAAAGAAUUGCAUUUUGUUAGGUUGUGAGGGUCACAGGUGAGGGAGUGUGGGGUGUUGGCGUUGAUAGAGCCAGGAAUGUUUGAAGAUUAACUCUUAUAACUCUAAUUUUGAUAGGGCAGAAUCUUAGGCUUUAUAUAAGGCUUAGAAUGUUAAUUUUAGUAAGAUCUAAUAUGACAUUUCUUUCAUUUCUAGCUGUAAAGAUCUUAUUUUAAUCUUUAGUAAAUUUUUUGCAACAUUUUCUGCAAAGACUCUUAAGACCAAGCCUAAAACACAGCAAUUGGCCUCAAACACUACUUUGUCCUUCCAAAAGCAAUUUCUUGCAAACUUUCCAAAAUUAUGACAAACACCGGAAACCGUUGAUUUCACACGAUGAUGUCUUCAUUGCCGUUUCAUCACUCUUCGAUUGGCUCCUUAAUCUGGCCUCUUUCGCUUCUUUAUUCUUGGUGCUCGUCUCCUUUUUCGUCUUGACAUUCUCCUAUUUCCACGGUGCUGUUUUUUUUUGAUAUUUUUCUGCAUAUUCGUUCCUUUUUUCUUGAGGCGGCGCUGCCAAUUUUACGAACGCUUCGCGCCUCUCCGGAACACGAAGAGGGGGCACGAUGAAGACGACUGGAAAGCAUGCUAAGCAGUAAAAAGUAACCCUUGGGAUGAUAGAUAGGAGGCAGCUCGAGUCACAGUAGCAGGAACAAAAAAAACCGGCCAACCCCAACUUUUACCACAAGAUUAUGGGAUGUUGUGGCGAUUGCGGGGACCGCUAGCUUCUGAUGGAGCCCAUUUUGAUGGUCGUACUUCAGCACGGUGCUGGUGGAGCGCCAUUCAUACGUCUUGAUAAAGAGGCGCCUCUUCCGGUGUACUUCCUGUUCAACAAAGAAGUCGGGCGGGGGGAAAUUUGGGUGGCAGUGUGACCUCUUUUAACACGUUCGUCUUCUCCUUAUUUCGAGCUUCAUCUCCGGUCCCAUCAUGACUUUUUGAGGUCUUCCUCUUCAACUUAGCAGCCGUCGUGCGAAAUUCAAUUUUCUGACCACCGCCAAACUUGGUCUCUUCUGUUCCGGGCCCGGCUGCCGCCCUUCUUAUACAUAGUUUAGGCCUAAACUCUUCGUGCCACACACACGUUCGGGUUGUGAAAGGGGGGACGAGGCCUUACCUUAUUUUAUAUUAUCUUCUGCUUUCCUUCUCACAUCUGACCCCAUUGUCCCGGUGGCCCCGGCGCCCGAGAAUGACGUUUUUUAUGAUUUUAUAAAGCCCCUAAAAUAUGGACCAAUUCCAUAGAGAUUCUUUCAUGCCCAUUGUUCACGCUUUCCGCAGUUUAUAUCUUAUUAUAUUCCGGUUUUCUUUUUGCAGUUGAUAACAAUCGACGAGCUCUGUGACUUGAUUCGACAUUGCGACUUGACAACCACAGCGUGUGCUUCACACUACGUCAAGGUGAGUACUAGGGUUGAUUUGUGGCUACAAUAGCUCACGUGUCCUCAAAGAGCUUUAAAUACUGAUAGAGAAGAAGAACUAGUGUCAUGUUGAAAGACUUUUUUACAACAUUAACCUCACAUUAUGAAUUUUUUUUACAAAAUUAAAUACCUCAUUUAACAAAAAUCUCUCGUAUUUUACCCAAAACCCCCACACUUGCAGGCGUUCGCCGACCUCUGGACCCUAUUGCCGCAAGAGUACAAUCGGUUGGCUCAUGCCAUUCGGGAGAGCUCGCCCGGUAGCGAGUACAUGUCCUUCUUGCAAAGCUUGCCGGGCCGCUCCAUCUCUUCAGCUUCAUUGUUGCGGGGCUCCACAUCCACGGCCGGCGGCGGCGACAAACCGGAUGAGGACUUUGCGAACAGCUCGCUGUCAAUGGCCACAAGCUCCGGUGAAUCCGCGCCCAGCUCCGCACGUCGACGGAACGCCCUCAACGCCGAAGAGCACAUUGACUACAUAGCCGAGACGUCGUCGCGGCGUCAGAAAAAGAGUAUGAGUAUGUGCCGUUGCAAUUCCUUUGUUCCGCUUAGCGAUUUUUUUGUUGAUUUUGUGUGUUUUUUGGGAAAAAUCAAAAAUUUUUGCCGUUUUUCAUAACAAUUUCGUGUUUUAUAUGAAUUUUUGAAAUUUUGUGAAACGGUCCGUUUCUUUUUUUAGAUACAACGUAAAUGCCAUUAUCUCUACUAACCAGAAAAGCUAAUUUAUGUUAACUUAAGUUGCUGCUUAUUACCUAAAACACCAUCUUUCCAUCAUAUAUUCCUCAAUGUUUCAGCACGUAUCUUUGAUCAAUCCCUGAACCACGUCGAGCAAUCCGACGCCGCCAAAUCCCACCAACUUCAACGUACGCGCCAAGUGACACGGUGUGCACAUUGCGAGCAUCUCGUCAUUUUCGACGCCGUGAAGUGUACGAUAUGCGGGAUCGUGUGGCACAAGAAGUGUUUGCCGUUGUUAAGCGUGGUCUGCGGGCCGUCGGCGCAUCGGCUGACGGCGGAAUCCGCGGGCAACCGCCGGAUGAGCAUCUUCGGCGUGCCAUUAAUCGGCCACUUACAGGCCCAGCGCCGUCAAGUGCCCAUCAUACUCGAAAAGUGCAUCGACGAACUUCAGAAGCGCGGAAUGAAUUGUAAAGUAAGUUGGAGAGGGUGUGAGGUUGAUAAGGCUAGAUUUAGAAAGAAAAUAGAGUGAUGUGAGGCUAGAUACAGCUAUCAAAGGGUUAUCAUUGUAAAAUGGGAAGCAAGAGCUUAAGAUAGAGCCGGAGAAGCCGAAGAUAACGCCCAAACAGCUCCCAAAACCUGUAAAAUUAGCUACAAACCCUCAAUAUAACAACCAAAAGAAGAGAGAUUAAGUUGAUAAGCCUUAAAACGCAAUAGGAAAUGCACGUCAGAGAAAAAAAGCAAAGAUUGCAAUAAGAUAACCAAAGUAAUCAUCGUCCUCUUUCCCAAUGAACUUUUCUAUUUUUCAUCGAAUUUUUGGGAUUGCGGCCGAAAACUUGGCCUACGUCAGCGGCUUUUUUCGACCGUAAGUUGUGAUUGAUGUCACAAGCCCUUAAGUAUACCGCUAUUGCCGAAAAAGAACUUUUAAUCCCAGCGCAUCAAUGAGGAAUGGCACGGCCAAUCAUUGUCAUUUAAGAGAAUCAUUGACGAAUGAUAAUGUUUAGCGAGGGAAUCAAUGAAAAGUGGCACAGAAAAGAAUCUUAGUGGGAAGAAAGUGUGAUUCAAGCUACUUUCUUGUCGAAAAGAAUUAGGAAAAGAAACUGUCAUGCAAGAUAAUCAAUGAAAUAUGAAAAUGUCAGCGAUAUUUUGAAAAGUUUUCCAAUAAAAAAGAGUUUUCCUUGUCAAGAGAAGCCUAAUUUCACAUUAAAAAGCCAAAGCCUACUCUAACAUAACCCAUAUCCUUAUCAUAAACGAAUUACCUUCAGGGCUUGUACCGAACAUGCGGUGUAAAAAGCAAAAUCGAACAAAUCUGCGUGCAAUUCGAGCAGGCCGGCGAAGAUGCGAACGUUGAUCUCAGCGAAGUGCACCCCAUGAACUUGGCAUCGGUAGUCAAGUUGUACUUACGCAAACUGCCAGAGCCUUUGAUGACCUACGAGCUGUACAAGGAUUGGCUGGAUGUCGACACGGUAAGAGAAAGAUAGUUGAAAGCCUAGUAAAACUAUUACAUUGUAGUUACUUUUAAAUUGUAGUUAAGUUAUACAAUUGACAUCAUAUACACCCUUUUGUCAUCAAACUCAUUUCUAAUCCCCACCUUUUCCAGUCCGACAUAGCCGAAUCAAAAGAGGUCCUCAAAGGCCUAUGCGAUCGUCUACCUCAACAAAACUACGACACGUUCAAGUUCCUGCUGAUGCACCUGCGGCGGGUGUCGUGGUUCGAGCUGGAGAACCUGAUGACGCCGGCCAACCUGGCGGCCGUCAUCUCGCCGUCGCUGAUUUGGAACAGGUCGUCGAAUACGGGUCCAUCGACGCCCACCUCCUUUUCGUCGUCGUCUACGGGUACUGGAGCACAAAACAGCUUCAUCAACGAUGCUCAUCAACAAACCAAAAUCGUCGAACAUCUGAUUCAAUAUGUCUAUGUGAGUUUGGUGGGGUGAUUUUUGGGGCAGUCGGGUAGACAUUUUUGUUUUUCAGGGUAAUGGAGUGGAUUUUUUGUAAAAGGGCUGAUUGUUUGGGGAAAUGGGGUGGAUUUUUGUUGGUUUCUUGAGAAAGUGAGGUAGAUUUUUAUUGAUUUUUUGAAAAACAGGGCGGGUUUUUUAGAUUUGAAAGGGGAAAAGGGAAGAUUUUUUAGUAAAAAAGGUAAUAUUAUAAUUUUUUUGGCAACAGGGCGGAUUUUUUGUUCUUUUUUUGAAGAAAAUGGGGUAGAUUUGUUAGUUAAACCUAUGAUUUUUCGAUUUUUUGAGCAAAAGUCAUCAACAGGCGGGACCAACCUCAAUUUUUUUUCAAAAAAUUUUUUUUUUAUUUUUUAAAAAUUGCUUUACAUAGGUAAAGUCUGCUAAACUAAACCCAAAAAAACCAUUUUUAUUUUAUGCUUACAUUUUCAAGCUCAAAAUUAAAAAAAAAACUUUUCCAAGCACUAUGACAUCAAAAUACCCUCAAAAUCCAAUUUACCAUCCCAUGAUAUCAUUGCUUUAUAUUACCCUAAUCCACUUAUAAUCAAAUUACAACAUACCACAUUAUAACAUUAUGACAAGCCCAAUUGCAGGACAUAUUCGAGGAUGACAUGAGUGCGGAUUGGAAAAAGUUCUUCGAGGCGUAUCCCGACGUAGAAGAACCCAAGCAAGCCGACCCCGAAACCGAAGCCAAACUGACGAAGGACUCGGCCAAGCCCGAGUUCACGCUGGAUGACGAGGACGAGCUGAAUGAUUAUGACAUUGACGAUGAAGCGCAGGGUUCGAUUCAGGAGUUGUCGCUGCCUGAGGCCAAUUUCCCGAUGCCGAGGAACAGUUUUGGUGGGUUUUUGGAAGAUUUUUUAGGUUUUUAGGGGAGUUUUUGAAGUUAUUUUGUCGGCUAUGGCAAGAAUAAAGCAACAUUUUUUUUGGGUUUAGGGGUGGAUUUUUGAAUAUUUUUUUUAGUUUAUUGCCCCCACCCAAGUGUUAACUUUCACAAAGUAAUUUUUCGAUUUGCAGCCAGUCCAUCAACGUGCCGACUUCCCGGCACAGCAGGUGACAAACACAAACUUGGCAAGCAGCGCAGCUUCACAACCUCAAUAUUGGUCUCUCCUCAGUCUGACCGAAAAGUCAUUUUGAACAGCAACAAACCAUCGUACAGCGACCGAAAGUUGUCCGAAGAUCAGACCCAACGCACGUUGAAGUCGGGCGAGGUUGUGGUGGAGAUAAGAAAAGUAAGUUUUUCAAUUUUUUGGAGGGGGGGGGGGAGCGCUGAGUCGAAUAUUUUUUUGUGUAGCAUAUGCAGCAUUUUGUAGAUAUUCAUAAUUUUUUUACAAAUUUUUGAUUUUUUUGAAACAUCUUUGCACGGUGCAUUGCCAUUUUAGGCCGCAAUUCGCAAAAAAUUAAAAAAUUUUAAAAUUUUUUGCGAUUAAACUUAAAAACUUGUUUAUAGUCAGCAAUUUACGUGAUAUCAAACAAGAUUUUAAAAUAUUUUUAGUAAUUUUUAAAAAUUUUUAUUUUUAUUGCACGGUGCAAAAUUAGUUUUUCGUUGUUAAAGCUUUUUACUUCAAAGCUAAUAUAAAUUCAAAAUAUUUAUGAAGUACUUUACUUUUAUUUUAACACAGGUUAUAAUAUUUAGCAAUUAGUUUUUAAAAAAUUCAAGAGAAAUUGAGUUUGCGACAAUUUAUACGAUGAAACAUGUCACUUUUUAAAUUUUGUGAGGGUAUGAAGUUAAAUCAAAGACUAAUAAGUUACCUUCAAAAAUAAGAAGUCCACUUCAAAAAAUUAAAAAAGUUGCCAUUCCUAGCAUCAAACAAAGCAAAAAUCUGUAUAAAGAACUAAUUCCAGAACCAGUACUGCAUGCCCGAGUACAAUGCGAAGGGCUCGACCGAGGCGGGUCGAGAUUCGCGCAAGUCCAGCGGCCAAAGCCAUUUGAAUCGCAACUUUGGCGGCUCAACUCUCGCAAUUUCCGGCGAUUUCCCGCACGUUGAUGACGAUGUGGAUGAGGAGCCGGGACGACAACGCUCGGCCACAUCACGCCGGGCGUCCGCGCACAAGCCGGACGACGAACGGGUUUGUCUACAGAACGUGGGCGUCAUCUUUUCCGGGAACGACGUCAGCUACGUUUGA